UCGCCUCCCCACCCUUCAUCAAAAGAAAGCAUCGGUCUCGUCCCCUUCCCAGCAAUCCCAACCUGUCCGCCGCCACCCCAUCACAAAUUGAUGCACCGCCGCCACCUCAUGGAUAGCCCCGACGCGCCGUCGGUAGCCAAGGCCUCCUUCCGCUACCCCGACUGGGUGAUGCUAGAUCCACACACCCGCCUGAACUACCCCGUACCCACCAUCGAUUCCGAUUACCCUAUGGAAGACUUUCACGCGACCAAGGCGCACGCGGAGACAUCCAUGGGCGAUCCCAUAGACGUCUUCUUCCGCGCCGUGCCACCGCCAGGUGCUUCUCGCCUCUAUGUUAACUGGACGCCUCGCCGGUUUACAAAGGGUUCGUCGUCGUCGUCGGGGGCAGGGAGAGGAGAAGAUCGCUGGGAUGGAUUUUACGGACGGGAACCCCUUGUCCUGGCCGCCAAUGGCAAUUCGAUUCUUCUGAGGCUCACUCUCAGCAACACCCGGGUAGACUUCUUCGUCUACACGGUCCACUCCACUGGGCCGCCCUCGCUCUUGCGUCUACCCGAUUGCAAACUCAGAUUCUCAAACAGUUGUCUCCGCUCUGGUGGGUUAGAUCAUAUGGUCACCCUUGGUAACAUUGGUUUUUUAUGUGAUGCUGAAAGCGAAGAAUUUGUGGUGGCAGACCUAAUGAUUUUGCCGAAACACGAUGAUGCCUCCCACCAUGAUGAUACUCCGGUGGUAGCCGGGCUUUGUAUUUUCCGGUCAUGCAGCCCUGGGGAGGACUGGAAAGCCAGCAAACCACGUAUAUGCCAUAAGGAGGGGCAAGGCGGGGAAUUAAUUUGGUGGCACACUGAUGUCGUUGUCCCCCAUGGAGUUUCCCUGUGCUACAUAGAUUAUUUCCGCGGAAUCCUGUUUUUGGAUAUUCUCAGCAAAUGCCCGCGGCUCUUGUAUGUCCGGCUUCCUCUAAUGAACCCUGUUGGUGAUCCUUAUGAUAGUGAAACUGGACGAGGGUGCCCAUCAGCUUUUAGGAGCGUGUGUGUUACCAAUGGCGGAACCAUGAAGUUUGUUGAGGUUGUCACCAGAACCGUCUUUCUUUCAGGCAGCCAGUCAGCUGCUGCUUCUUCAUUUGCAAUCAAAGUUUGGAGGCUUAGGGAACAUGGCAUGACAUGGGAGAAAGAAAGUACCAUCCAAGAUACCGAGCUCUGGUCCCUGCAGGGGUAUGGUGAUCUACUCCGUGUCCCGCCAACAUUCCCUGUUGUGAGCAUGACGAACCCGGAUGUCAUCUUUUGUGUGCUGAGCAAUGGGUGUUUCGGUGACGCCAAUGUGACAUGGGUCAUUGCGAUUGACAUGUUGAAGAAGACUCUGAGAUCAGCUUUUAGAUACAAGAAAGUACAUAGGAACAGCAUUGAGAAUGAUGGCAACAUGGCGUCUGCGAGCCUCUCUACUAAUCGUGCAUUUAUUCCCUCCCAGCUCUCCAAGUACUUAGGCGUGACUGGAGCCAGAAGGAAAAGAAGAAAUCUGGGAUGAACAUGUAUAAGUUCCGUCUACCCUGGCCAUGAUGGUGCUGGUUGGAUGGAUGCAGUGCGGCAAAAAUCGUGUGCUUGGAACCUGUUCUGUCUACUCUUCUCGUAUUUUCUAAUUAGUGAAGUUACAUUAUCUUAAUGUCUAUAGGAUAACGCAACAGAAAUCAACUGAGUUGUCAGUUAUGUGGGGUGGCAUGUUUUAGUGGUCUCUUAUCUUCAUUGUUA